AUGUCGUCCAAGAGUGAAAUCCCUCCUGCCGAAACUAUGCCAUCAAACCCUGAAAAGCCUGCUGCAACAACGUCGUCCACAUCGCAGGGUAAGAAGUUUAUAACCUUGAAGAGCUUCGAUAACGAGACUUUUGAGGUUGAGGAGAUGGUGGCCCUUGAAUCGCAGACAAUCAAACACAUGGUGGAGGAUGACUGCGCCGACAAUGUCAUCCCUCUGCCGAACGUGUCAGGUUCCAUUCUAGCCAAGGUUAUUGAGUAUUGCCGGAAGCACGUAGAGGAGAGGACCGCCGAAACCGGCAGCGCCGGCAAAGACUCUCUCAAAGCUUGGGACGCCGAGUUCGCCAAAGUCGACCAGAAUGUACUCUUUGAUCUCAUAUUAGCGGCCAACUAUCUGAAUGUUAAAGAGCUGCUGGACUUGACUUGCCAGACAGUGGCGGACAUGAUCAAGGGAAAAACUCCCGAGGAGAUUCGCGGUAUUUUCAACAUCACGAAUGACUUCACUCCAGAGGAGGAAGAAGAGGUUCGAAAAGAGAAUCAAUGGGCUUUUGAGUAA